GUGUGAAGGCCGCCUCUCCGGCUCCACCCCUCUCCACGCGACUGUCACAUGACGGCUGUUGGCGGCCGCGGUGCUCGAUCGUCAGUCGGAGUCUCUCCAUUAUGAAAACGGUGGCUGCCGCGGGCCUGGCACUCUGCACCACCCGGGACUCUCCCGCGCUGUCUGCCCUCACACCACGUCGAUGGCUCAGUGCCACGUGGAGCCACUGCUGCAGCCUCCUCACCCGUGAAGAGAAUGUUCCAGUUCCCUUUGCAGACUGAUCUCGAAGAGUCCCAAAAAUCCUGGAUAGAGAAUACCUUUACCAAGAGAGAAUGUGUUUAUAUAAUUCCAAGCUCAAAAGACCCACACAGAUGUCUUCCAGGAUGUCAGAUAUGCCAGCAGUUGGUAAGGUGUUGCUGUGGGCGAUUGGUCCGGCAGCACCUUGGCUUCACUGCAAGUCUGGCAAUGAAAUACUCCGAUAUAAAACUGGGUGAAACUGCAAACUUGGAGAAAGAAGAAUGGUCAGUGGAGAAACACACCAAUGAGACUUCAACAGAUGCUUAUGGAGUCAUUAAUUUUCAGGGAGGGUCACAUUCUUACAGGGCCAAGUAUGUGCGAUUAUCCUAUGACACGAAACCUGAAGCUGCUUUAAAACUAAUGCUGAAAGAAUGGCAGAUAGAGCUACCUAAACUUGUCAUAUCUGUGCAUGGAGGAAUGCAAAACUUCGAACUCCAUCCACGCAUUAAGCAAGUUGUUGGAAAAGGCUUGAUCAAGGCAGCAGUCACCACAGGGGCUUGGAUUCUAACUGGAGGGGUGAACGCAGGUGUUGUGAAACACGUUGGUGAUGCAUUGAAAGAACAUAUUUCACGAUCUUCUCGGAAGAUUUGUACAAUUGGAAUUGCCCCUUGGGGUGUUAUUGAAAAUAGGAAUGACCUCAUUGGAAGAGAUGUUAUUGUACCAUACCAGACCUUGUUAAACCCUCUGAGUAAAUUGAAUGUUCUAAAUAGUUUGCAUUCCCAUUUCAUUCUGGUGGAUGAUGGCACAGUUGGGAAGUAUGGUGCUGAAGUUAAGCUUCGGAGAGAACUAGAAAAACACAUCAACCUCCAGGAGAUUCAUGCAAGAAUAGGCCAAGGUGUACCAGUAGUUGCUUUAAUAUUUGAGGGUGGUCCUAAUGUCAUCCCCACUGUGCUCGAAUACCUGCUAGAGACACCCCCUGUACCCGUGGUUGUUUGUGAAGGGACUGGGCGAGCUGCAGACCUGCUGGCCUAUGUGCACAAGCAGACUGAGGAGGGAGGUAUGCUUCCUGAUGGGUUGGAAUUGGAAAUCCUCACCACAAUCAAAAAGACUUUUAACUUCAGCCAAAAUGAAGCAUAUCAUUUAUUCCAGACUCUGAUGGAAUGUAUGAAGGCUAGAGAACUUAUUACUGUAUAUCACAUUGGGGCAGAGGAACACCAAGAUAUAGAUGUGGCCAUUCUAACAGCAUUGUUAAAAGGUACCAAUUUUUCUGCAUUUGAUCAAUUGAUCUUAACACUUGCCUGGGACAGGGUGGAUAUUGCCAAGAAUCAUGCAUUUGUUUAUGGGCAGCAGUGGCAGGUUGGAUCCCUUGAACAAGCGAUGUUGGAAGCUCUUGUCAUGGACAGAGUGGAAUUUGUGAAACUUCUCAUUGAAAAUGGAGUUAGCAUGCACAAGUUCCUCACAAUCCCUAGACUUGAAGAGUUAUACAAUACAAAACAAGGGCCAACUAAUCCAACAUUGCAUCAUCUAGUGAGAGAUGUUAAACAGGGGAAUCUUCCUUCAGAUUAUAAAAUCACUUUGAUUGAUGUGGGUCUUGUCAUCGAAUAUCUUAUGGGUGGAACAUAUCGAUGUACGUACACAAGGAAACGUUUCAGAAUUAUCUACAACAAUCUUCAUGGACCCACUCGGAGAUCUGGGCGGCAUUCAUCAAGCAGUAUACCUCAGCUACGCAAGCACCAGGAGUCACUGACUAAUCGAGCAGACAAAAAGGAAAAGACUCGACAUAAUCACUUCAUUAAGACUGCACAGCCUUAUAAACUUAAGCCUGAAUCCUCUGUUGAUCAGGGAAAGAAAAAGAGAGCCAAAGAUGAAAUUGUGGACAUUGAUGACCCCGAAACCAGAUGUUUUCCCUAUCCUUUCAAUGAACUACUAGUGUGGGCUGUACUAAUGAAGAGGCAGAAAAUGGCUAUGUUCUUUUGGCAACAUGGAGAAGAGUCCAUGGCUAAAGCUUUAGUUGCAUGCAAGCUAAAUCGAUCUAUGUCAUGUGAAGCAAAGCAGAGUGAUGUUGUUGAUGAUACUUCUGAAGAGCUGAAGCAAUCUUCUAGUGAAUUUGGACAAUUAGCUGUUGAUUUACUGGAUCAGUCAUUCAGACAAGAUGAAACCAUGGCCAUGAAGUUGCUGACUUAUGAACUGAAGAAUUGGAGCAACUCGACCUGCCUCAAGUUAGCUGUCCAUUCGAGACUUCGGCCGUUUGUAGCACACACCUGUACUCAAAUGCUGCUGUCAGAUAUGUGGAUGGGAAGAUUGAAUAUGAGAAAAAAUUCAUGGUACAAGGUUAUUCUCAGUAUUCUAUUCCCACCUGCUAUUCUCAUGCUGGAGUUUAAAACCAAGGCUGAAAUGUCUCAUAUUCCUCAAACUGAGGAUGCACAUCAAAUGAACAUGGAGGACAGUGAACACAACUUUCAGAGUCCAACUGAUCAAAUAUCAAUGGAAGUAUUUAAAGAAGAAGGAAUCUGUGACCACCAUGAAGUGAAACAUGAAGAUACAAGUCUGACUAAACCAAGAAGAUUGCCUAUCACAAGAAAGUUCUACUCCUUUUACCAUGCACCAAUUGCAAAGUUUUGGUUUAACACGUUGGCUUAUUUGGGAUUCCUCAUGCUGUAUACAUAUGUUGUCUUGGUACGAAUGCAAGAGUCACCGUCAGUACAGGAAUGGAUCGUGAUUUCCUUUAUUUUUACAUUAGCCAUAGAAAAAAUUAGAGAGAUCUUCAUGUCAGAAGCUGGAAAGAUAAACCAGAAGAUCAAUGUCUAUUUCAGUGACUAUUUCAACAUCACUGACGCACUUGCUAUAAUUUUAUUUUUUGUUGGUUUUGGACUGAGGUUUGGAAGUGGGCAAGUGAGGAUUGCUGGGAGAACAAUGUAUUGCCUCAAUAUUAUAUUUUGGUAUGUGCGACUUCUGGAUUUCCUGGCAGUCAAUCAGCAUGCAGGGCCUUACGUCACAAUGAUAGGUAAAAUGGUGGCAAAUAUGUUUUAUAUUGUGGUAAUUAUGGCAGUGGUCUUGCUGAGCUUUGGAGUUCCAAGAAAAGCAAUCCUUUACCCAGAUGAAUCUCCAUCUUGGGAGCUGGCAAAAGAUAUUGUCUUUCAACCUUAUUGGAUGAUAUAUGGUGAAGUGUAUGCUUAUGAAAUUGAUCCCUGUGCCAACAACACUGAAGAAGGUGCAAGGCAACGCUGUGUCAUUGGAUAUUGGAUAACGCCAUUUUUACAAGCCGUCUACCUCUUUGUACAGUAUAUUCUCAUGGUGAAUCUUCUCAUUGCCUUUUUCAACAAUGUGUAUUUCCAAGUGAAGGCCAUUUCAAACAUUGUAUGGAAAUAUCAACGGUACCAUUUUAUCAUGGCAUAUCAUGAAAAACCUGUGCUACCGCCACCUCUCAUCAUCCUCAGCCACUUUGCUUUAAUGAUCUCUAACAUUUGCCGUCGAGGAAAGAAACAUGACAGAGGUCAAGGCGGGCCAAAACUGUUUGUAAGUGAGGAUGACCAGAAAAAAUUGCAUGACUUUGAAGAGCAAUGUGUGGACAAAUAUUUCCAUGAAAAAGAGGAUCGGUUUCAUUCAGGUAGUGAGGAACGAAUUCGAGUGACUUCUGAAAGAGUUGAAAAUAUGUCCAUCCAAUUAAAAGAAGUAGGUGAUCGAGUAAAUUAUAUAAAGCGUUCAUUGCAAACAUUGGACAGUCAAAUAGGGCACUUGCAGGACUUGUCAGCUCUUACAGUGGAUACAUUGAAAGCACUGACUGCUCAAAAAGCUUCGGAGGCCACAGAGGUGCACAAUGAAAUUACUCGUGAACUCAGCAUUUCAAAAAAUCUGGGAGAAAAUGUUUCUGAUGUCCCACUUAAAACUUCGUUGAAGAAGCACAGCAUUGGAAGAUAUUUUGGCUCUUCUUUUCCUCAGCGAGGAAUUAACACUGGCAAUUCUAUCUGUACGGAUGGUUUUCUUCAAGAAUAUGUUAACUCUUCCCCAAAGGAGGUGUGCAGAAAAUUUGGUCAGGAAUUACUUCCAGGUUCCCAACAAAAUGAACAGAAUUUUCAAGAGGCUGGUUCCUCCGGCUGUGCCUUAUUACCAAAAGCAGCAGAGCUCUCUGAACUUAGGCAUAGAAGCCAUGUUGGCCUUGGGAAAACUCAGUCUUUGACCAAUGACCAGAAACCAGGACAGUCAUUCCAUAGCAUACCAAAUCUCUCCUCCCCAUCUGCCAAAUUUUUUGUUAGUACCCCAUCUCAGCCAAGCGGUUCAAGUCAAUUGGAGCUUGUGCCAGAUUCGGUCGAUUCAAUUAAAACUGGUGUAGAUGCUGACGGGAGUUCUAUUGAAUUUGGGGCCUUUGUUGGUAAGUAUAGUGAAGUUGUUUGUGCUUUACCUGAAGAAAUUUGCUACUGCCCUUCUCAUCCUGCUUGCAGCUUCUGUUGCAGUAAUCGUACUACACCUUGCUAUGAGACUGAAGGAUAUCUUAAUCAUGCAUUCAUUGAUACUGAGAGUAGCACAGACACUGAUAAUAAUAAUGACCGAAGCACUGAAUGUGACCCAAGUGCCAUGCACUACUUUGAGAACCAAUUCGAAAAGAAUGGACCUCUGCAAACAGGCGAGUUGACUUCAGCCACCAUAUCCAGUAAAGAGACCCAUGAAAAAUACAGAAAAGAGCAAAGAAAUUUGGACGAUUGCUUCAUGCAGGCUAUCGAAUUGCAAAAUCAACAUAUCAAUAUUGGGAACUGUUCAGGACAUCUGAGUGACCUGUGGAACAAAACCCAAUUUAGAGGCCACAAAGAUGUAUUGGAGCUGCCAAAGUUAGGAACUGGAGGAGUGCUGAAAUUCAAAGACCAGAAAAUAACUGUGGGAGCCAUUCAUGAUUUGGGUGCCCACCAUGGUGACUAUCAUUUGAGGACAGUGAAUUCUUAUGCUGGAUUUGCGGAAUUUCAUGGCAGUCAGUUAACUUCUACUGCGUCUGCUCAAGCAUUCUCUUUACAAGGCAGGGGUGGUAAAGACAGGACCAGGGCCUCAGCUGAAGAUGUAACAUUCUAUCGAGAGAAUUCAAAAGCUUCUCUACUGGGUCGUCUGGAAGAUAAAUCUGUUGCAUCCAGUAGUCAAAUGGCUGCUGGUGAAGAUGCCUUAAGUGCACAACACUUUUACAAUGCUCAUCAAUCUCAUGCAAGGCAAAGAAAAAUGGGAGUGAUUGGUUCUCCUUUUAAACCUGCACUGGAUGUAAAUUACUACUAUUCAGCUGUUGAGAGGAAUAAUUUGAUGCGGCUUUCACAGACUAUUCCAUUUACUCCUCUUCCAAACAGGGGUGAACCUGUGACAAUAUAUCGACUUGAGGAGAGCUCACCAGUCAGUCUGAACAACAGCAUGUCUUCCUGGUCGCAACAGGGCCGAUGUGCCAAGAUUGAGUUCUUAAGUAAAGAAGAAAUGGGAGGAGGAUUGAGGCGAGCUUUAAAAGUAGAGUGCACAUGGUCUGAGUUUGAUAUAUUAAAACCAGGUCAGCUGUAUAUUGUGAAAUCCUUUCUUCCUGAAGUAGUGAACACGUGGAAGAGAAUCUACAAGGAAGAUACUGUAUUACAUCUGUGUUUGAAGGAAAUUCAGCAGCAGAGGGCUGCACAGAAGCUCGCAUUUGCCUUCAACCAUAUGAAACCAAAGACCAUUCCAUACUCUCCAAGGUUCCUGGAAGUGUUCCUUCUGUAUUGUCAUUCAGCAAGCCAAUGGUUUGCAAUUGAAGAAUGUAUGACUGGGGAGUUCCGGAAAUUUAAUCAUAACAGUGGUGAUGAGAUCCGUCCAAACAACAUGCUGGAGGAGACCAUGCUUGCCUUUAGUCACUGGACCUAUGAGUAUACGAGAGGUGAACUACUGGUUCUGGACUUGCAAGGUGUUGGGGAGAACUUAACUGAUCCUUCGGUAAUAAAGUCUGAGGAGAAACAGUCACAUGACAUGGUAUUUGGACCUGCCAAUUUGGGAGAAGAUGCGGUUAAAAACUUUCGAUCAAAACACCAUUGUAAUUCUUGCUGUGGGAGACUUAAACUUCCUGAUAUCAAAAGGAAUGAUUAUACGCCAGACAAAGUGGUACUAGCUCAAGAUGAUGUAGAAGUUGCAAUCCAGUCUGGCAGUGGUACCAAAGAUGUACGAAACUCAUUACGCCUAAUGAUUUAGGCACUGAGAAUGGUACAGAGACAGUCUCCCGCUGCCAGAAACUUGAAAUUGCCUGAAGUCGCCUUUGUCGCUGAAUCAGAAGGGCUGCCAAGAGUUCUGUGGAAGCAAGUUCCCAAAAUCUAAUCACGGACGAUUUGUUGAAACAAAAACAAAGGGUAAAGAAUGCUGUGACUUGUCUGUAGUCUUGCCUGAUGCAUUUGCAGUGCAAUCUAAAUGUAACUAGCUAUUUUGUUGUUGUGUAAUUGACCUGUUGUGAGAAUUGCAGCAAGUGAUGUUGAGGUUAAUGAACUGAAAUUAUCUGUUCUCUACAGAGCAAUCCAUGUUGAAAACAAAUUUAAUUGAAGUGUAAAGAUUUUAAACAAAGCUAAAUGCCGGUUUUAAGUCUUCACAAUGCAUACAUUUUAAACCAUUUUUAAUCAGUUUAUUUAAUAAAGCCAUGUAUAUUGGUACAAUUGUACCAAGAUGCAAAUAAUAUUUAAACUACAAAUUACCAAGCAGAAAAAUCCUCUAUAAAAUGUGAAGUAGUGUUAUGUCUGACAAAAUAUGGCAGGUUUUUAAUAAGCCGAUCAAUUAAACUAACACAUGAAACAAGCAAGAAUUGUUUAGUCAGCACAGUCAAAAGAAUGUUCUGGUAAUCUGAUUUUAAUGAAUUUCCGUUGUAAUGCUAGAAUUUGUGGUACAUGCAGAUUGAAUUUAAAAGGAAGUAUUGAAAUCCUUGUAUAUAUGGUAAUGGGCAGAUUGCAAUCUAUCUUUAUGCAAAUAAUGAGACCUGAAUUGGUUGAAUUGUCAGCACGAUGAAGCCACAUGUCGACCUUAAAAUAUUUAUGUAAAUGGUGGCAUCGGGCAUCUUUUCUAUGUUACAGAGGUACUAUUGUCAUUUUUAAAACAAGGGUGUUUAUAUGAAGAGCUGUAUAAUUUUUAAUCUAAUAGAUGUAUCUUAUAGAUACUGUAUCUAAGGCACGAACACAACUUAAAAUAAGAUGGUGGUUUUACAUAGGUUGGAUGGUAAAGGCCAAGCGCUAAUGGGAUCAUGCUGCAUAAAUUUUGUACAUCAUUUAAUCUAAUAAAAGAUUUUUUUGAAA